AUGUCCAUUUUCUUUCAGAACAUUUCGUCUCUUACCAAUCUCAAAAUACUUUCGAUACCUUCUAAUCGAAUUGAAACACUCUCUGGGCUAGAGUCUCUUUCAAGCCUCGAGGAGCUCUACCUAUCUGAUAAUCUCCUUACUGGGAUAUCUGGGCUUGAAAGCAACACAAAUCUCCGUGUUUUAGACAUAUCUAACAACAAAGUGUCGCGGCUGGAGAAUCUGUCGCAUCUUACCAAGUUAGAGGAGCUUUGGGCAUCAAAUAACCAGCUCUCUAGUUUUGAAGAAGUGGAGCGUGAGCUGAAAGACAAAGAAGAGUUAAAUACAGUGUACUUUGAAGGGAACCCCUUACAGAAGGCGGCGCCUGCUCUGUAUCGGAAUAAAGUACGGCUUGCCCUGCCUCAAAUUAAGCAAAUUGAUGCUAGAUCGAAGGCCAUCAUCUUUCUAGGGAGCGGGGAGAUGGACUAUAAGGAUCAUAAUUCCUCGAACUCCUUUGUUUGA